UAAUUACCUCAUGCACACCACUAAGGAGGAGAAAAUAGAAAAGAAGCAUUUUAGUUGAUGCCCGCCACCGCCACCACAACACACGUAAUGGCAGCUUGGUGACGACCCGCCCCUCGCGCCUCCUGGCUUUGAACCUCUGCCGGCGGUACAGGCCAGUGCAGGAGUAAUUCUCGUAUUUCUUGGCUAAUACACUACGUGGCUGCCUCACCUGUGCUGGCUGGAGUGAAAUAAAGCUGCGGUAUUGGUUACUACGUGGUAUUCAUUCUGUGUAUCUGUCACUAUUUUUCAUUUUGUGUAUUUUCUUGUCAAUUCAGGGAGGUUAACUUGAGGUAGUGUGGCCGUUACCUGGAUAUCACCUGUCCAGUCACGUUCAGGGCCGUGGAGUGAGGAGCUUAUGAACCACAGUGGUAAACGCAAGUGCGAUUAUGAACAUUGUAUUCUGACAGCACGAAGGAGUACAGAUGCCCUCCCCAGCCAGGACAUAGAUAUUUGAUACUUACAUUUUCACCACAGCACCACGAGAAAGAUGGAAUGUGAUGGCAGCAGCAGUGCAGCUACCACCCCAGGGGAGGCUGCGACCACCACCACCACCACCACCACUGUCACCACUGCACCGCUGGACACCCCCACUGCACCCCUGGAGCCCCUGGAGCCCCUGGAGACUCCCACCACCCCGCUGCCCCCACCCUCUGGCAACACGAUCACCACUACAGACAACAUAUUUUCCCUGGAGGAGCCGCCUGGUCCCCCUCCUGCCUUCAGCUUCCCUAAUAGGAUGCGCCACGCCACCCCCUCAGGCCCUCCCCCAUCUUACGACGAAUGUCACAACCGAGACAGCCCACCGCCCACCUACGACUCUCUCUUUGGGCGUGUUCGGGAAGUCCAGAAAACGUCCAAUGGCAUCAUGGACCUGAUUAAGAACCUCAUCAUCCUUUUCGUUGGAACGGUUGGAUGCACUGUGAUGAUUGGGGUGACAAUAGUGAUUCCAGUGUUUAUGAUCAUCCUGGGGUCCCUCAAGAUGAAUGACUGCCCAGCCCAGCCUUACAUCCCUAUCUAUCUGGUGGUAGGGGGUGUUCUGGGGGUGACCAAGCCUGUGUUAGGGGUGCAGGGUCGCCUUCGUCGUCCCCUCACUGACGAGGAGGGAGCGGAUUUGCAGGAUGCGUCUAUUCCUUGGCACAGACGUUUGGAGUUCAGCGGAUCUAUCAACUUUUUCCUCAGUGUGUGGUUUGUUAUGGGCUGUGUGUGGGUGUACCGCAUCUAUGAGCCAAACUACUCCAACAAGGGGGCGAGUAACUACUGUGACCAGAUCCUGUACCAGUUCGCGUUCUGGCUCGUCACUUCUGUCUACAUCAUCGUUGGCCUCCUCAUCUCGUGUAUGUGUGGCUUGUCCAUUGCCACAGUGGUGCUGCAACAUAGUAGGGGUGCAGGGGAGGAGGUAUGAUGGCAGCAUGCUCUUUCUGGCAUCAGUUUACAGGCCAGAAUAAUUUGCAUGUGUGCCUUUCUGAUUACAUCUCUGUACCUUCUCUUCUGGAGAGUGUCCGACUCCUGCGACUCGGACAUCUGUGCGUGGCUGACCCCCAUACGGACCAUUGAGUUCGUGUGCGCUUUCCUGUUCUUCGGGUUCUGCUGCUGUAUGUGUGUGGGGCUGUGUGUGAAGUAGAGGGUUUGCUCUCUCUUAUAUCGUAAAGAUCGUGAAAGUUUUUGCUGCUUGUGCGUGUGUUUGUGUGUCUUUACUGCCAUAAGUCGUUUUUUAAGUCAGGAUUGGCACACAUCAUGGGAUCUGUGUUACAUUGAAGCCUGUUUUGGUCUCUAAGGUUAGUUAUCCUGAGUGCUUGUGUGUGAUUGUGUCACGGCUGCUCCUUGGUCCUCCUGUGUUGCUGGGCUGUCCGUGGCGAGUGUGGUGAGUUGACCGGCAAGUUCCUGUUCUGUCAGUCAAGGCUGGUGGUUCAAACCUGAUUCCUCAUUUUGGGCAUUUAUCGUUUGGUUUGUUUAAUUUCCGUAAGGUCCGAUUUGAUAGUGUUCUUGGAUGUUGAUCUCAAAACUUCACAUGAGAAGACUUUCCCUUGGUAUUUCACAUGGAUCUUUCUAAUAGCGUGUAAAGACAAUAGACGUAAUGCGUUGUAGUCGUGUCUUUGCUAUCACUCUGCUGCUGAGACUUGUGGGCAAUGUUUUCAUAGUUUUGUAAUUUUUUAAGCACUACACUAGGUUAUAAAGGCAACUAUUAUAUAGUAAACAUGAGAAAAUCACAGUCAUCUCCCAGUCCCCAAAAGCAACGUGAUGCUUGCAGCACUUGCACAAACACAGCAAGGACAUGAAAGAGAAUACAGUACAAAGGUAAUCUCAGACUGAAAGGUUGCGCGAGGUGGUGUGGGUGACCCAAGGCUUUAAUUGGUCGUUAGUUUCAUUCGUUAUAGCAUUUAUAAUUUUUUACAUGUAGACUUAUGACGAAAAGACAUUGAGUUGAGUUGUUUUGUUUCUUCUUGCUUUCUCGGUAUUUUACAAUUUUAUGAGACGAUUCGGUAUUGCAUCUUGCCUUGUUCCCGAGCAGACCUACAUAUCGUGUACACUAUAUUCACCGGUGCCUCACUUUCAUAUUUUAGCUGUUGUCUGGCAUUCUCUGCACACUGAAAGCCUCUUAACUCAUAGCUGUCUGCAUUUACUCAUUGGGGUGACUGUUCUGUGGCACUCUGGGAACUGGCACCUGAACAGACCUAUUCACUGGCACCCUCUCUCUAGCUUACUCUUUGAUGCUCGGCUGCCUCCAUUUCCUCAUUAGGGUGACUUGGUUCUGUGGCAUUUAGAGAACUGGCACCUGAACAGAAUAUCCACUGGCACUCUUUAUCUUUACCUUACUUUUUGAUACUGAUGCUGUGGGACUUUGAAUGCUCAUGUUGCAGGUCCUUUCAGCUCCAGGGCCCUGUGGAUGUCACCUGGGAUGUUGCCACUGGGUCUUAGAUCAGCCUCCACUUUUGUCUGUUGUGUUAGUUAAGGUUAUACAUUACCUUGCUCCAUUACCAAAGACCAUUCUCUCCUCUAGAUAUAUUUUUCUCUAUUCCCUUACCAAAGAUCACUCCAUCGUCUAGAUAUAUCUUUCUCUAUUCCCUUACCAAAGAUCAUUCAUUCAUUCAUUUCUUCCUCUAUUCCCUCACCAAAGAAGAUAACUCCUUCCUCUUGUCUCUGAGCAAAAAUAAUUCCUUUCUCUAUUGUCUCACCAAAGAUGAUAAUUCCUUUCCCUCUUCCCUUAGCACAGAUUAUUCCUUUCAUCUUUUCCAUUAGCAAAGAUUACAUCUUCCCAUACCAAAGAUGACACGUCCCUCUUCACAACACUGGAAAAGUCUGCACUCUGUAGCCUUGUGAUGAACCACGUUUGUGUUUCGCCAUGUAUUAGGAAAUUAUCUGAACUCUCCACUCUGUCAGUAUGAGUGAGUUUCCUCUGGUUGGCCAUCACAAUUAUGGAUAUUCUCUUAGGGAUGUUUGGGUCAGAAAUAGUUCCUGUAGCUUUGAGUGUUUCAGGAUUGAGAUUAGUCAGUGAGUUGGAUGUUGCUUUUAGCACUAGCACCCUCAGUAGGUGCAGGUACAGUCAUGGGUAUUAAUAGCACAACACAACAUGAUUAUUUCCAUCUUGUUUUGUAUAUCUCACGAUCUUAACUUCUCUUAUCUGCUUGCAAUCAGUCGUCAGGUGUUGUAGGACUGUCAUUGGAGCAGAGGACUUGAUUUAAGGGAGAACACAACAUGCAGUGCUGAGCGUGGCAUGUUGACUAUUAACCAGGACUGUUCAAACAUGGCAUGCAAACACUUCCCUUCUUUAGUUGUGCUGAUGGAAAUACUGGCAAACUUAUUUAAUCAAAUGUGAAACUGUAUAGUGUGUGAUGCGAGCAGUGUGGCCAACCUUUUGUACUGGCGUUUGUAUGUUUUUAUUCCUACAAGACGAGGCACAAAGGCUUAUCCUGGCUAGCACUCCUUCAAAGGGGGACCUGAGCCAAGUAUACAGACUUCUUUAUAUUACACUGUGCACAUAGCAUUGAUUUACUAGUAACUUAUUUAUCCGUCACAGAGUAUAGUAAAGGAAUUAACAUAUUGAUCGACCCUCUAGCAUUUCAUUAUACUGUUGUAGCAUUAAGCAUUCAUAGAUUCCUCCUUGCCCAGUCUGUUUUAUAGAUAACUAGUUGCACAUUCAUAAAUUUCUCACUCACUCAACUCUUUAAAUCUGGCAAGGUGUUUAUACUACUCUGUAUGUGUGGAUGGGAACUGACACUUGUUUAUCCAGAGUGACUGCAUUGAAUAUUAUGCAUUGUAGUAUUAAUGGCUCCCUUUGGCAACAUAUAUGAUUGGUGUCCAUGAUCUUGGCUCUGGAUGCCUGGGUGGUGAGCUUCUUGUUCUUCGUCUCUCAGUUCUUGUUAUCGCUUGUGUUCUGACUAUCUGGCAUUGAUGUUAUCUUGAUGUGUGAAAAUGUUAGAAUGUUAUGUUGUUGGUUGUGAAGACUUAGCACCUUGUUCAGCACCUGUGUUCUUAAAUAUUUAUGUCUUGUCUUGACCAAUUUUUUACAGGCUCUAGUGAAAGUGAUUAGGUUUUCAAGGAUGUUUUCAUUAUUCUACGAUAUUCUGUCCCACCAGUAUGAGAUGCAUCCAUGAGAACCUGACUAAUGGUUUCUGUGGCCUUUGAAAAGUGCUGAUGAGACAACAGUGUUUAAGAAUACAGGCAAAGUCACAUGAACUUUUUUCUUUUAGGGUUGAUGAUGAUAGGGUUGAAGAUUAGGAGGCACUCAGAGAAAACUUUCCUCCACCAAUGUCUUAAGGGUAUGAAAUGUGACGAAAAUUCUCUUUUGACUCGCAUGAAAUAUGAUAUUCUCGAUAGAUUUAUGCCUUGAAAUUUCACGGGAUUUGAAAAUAAUCUUGAAUCCACGUAACAUCUUUAGAUCUCAGAGGUACAUUUUUACCUGGAAACUAUUAAAGGCCAUUGAUGACUAAAGAUAUCUUGAGUACAGACAUCAAACAGUUUUGUGAAUACCUAACUUCCAGUAAUGAUAAUUAUGCAAUGUUAUGACAGUAAUGCACUGAGGGGCAGGAUGUCAGCACACAAUACUGCAUGUGGAUGUCUAGUGUGUGUGCCAGUGCCUGUUCUUGCAGUCAGAAGUGUCCUUAGGCUUUUUAUUGUACAUUGUGAGAUGAAAGAGAGGGACUGCUGGGAAGGAGUCAGAGCUGCAGUAGUCUUUGGCUCAAGAUGCUCAUCAAGGAAGCAUCUGAGAGCAUCAAGAUCUGAGGAACACACAUUAGCAGUGUAGGGGACUCAGGAAGUGUUUGCAUACAUCUGUGGGUCUUUAGAUGAGUCUGGGCUACAGUAAUCUUUGGCUGUUUGGCUCAAGAAGACACCCACCCUUUAAGAAAGUGCUCAAAUCAGAUAAAUGCACAGUAGCAGUGUAGGAGGUUCAGGAAGUGUUGCAUACAUCUGUGGGUCUUUAGAUGAACUGAGAGGUAGAGGAGGAGACAGGAGUGUAUAUUUUAAUCAACUGACACUUACUCAGUCACUCAGAAUAUCAAAAUCCCAUUUAGUGAAAUGGAUUUGCUCACUGUGAUUAGUUGGGACAGUCAGUCAGCCAGUCCAGUAGAAGGCUUGAGGAUGGCAGUGACAUACUAGUGUAAUGGCCAGUGCUUGUGGGUGUGUGUGUAGUCACUGCUGCUGCUGUCUUGUGUCUGAAGUUAGCAAGUCAGAUGCCAUGCUGUCAUUUGUUCAAGCAGCAGUGUAUGAGUGAAACUGAGUCAGUAACACACAGGAACUUCAGUUGUGGGAGAGGAACGUUUGAUUUGAACCCUCUGGUGAAGUGAAGGACACAAGAAAGACUGUAUACACACAUCUACCUCCCUCAAGUUAUUAGCGUCUUUUUAAGUUACUCGGUAGCAAGUUUCUGGGUGUUUCUGGGUGUUGUCCUUCGUGAUGCAGUGACUGUAGCAAAUCUUGGUUUUAUUUCAUUAGCUUUCAGUUUCAUUUGGCUGUGCUAUGUUGUGUGUAUGUCAGAAACAGUAAUUGCAUAUAAAUGUGCCUCAUAUAAAAGACUUAUAUAUUGUAACACCAGAGUAUGUGUGUGCAUGUGUGGGGAAUUUUGAUACCUGUACAUUAUCAGUGCUGUACCAUGGGAGGGAGUUGAGGGAGCUGUGCAAGGGCAGAGUUUGAGUAAAGAGAGGAUUCCUACAGUACAUAACACAUCUGCUGGGAGUGUAUUGCUUAUGCACUAAUGCCAAAAUACCACAAGGAGUCAGUUUUAUAUAUAUAUAUAUAUAUAUAUAUAUAUAUAUAUAUAUAUAUAUAUAUAUAUAUAUAUAUAUAUAUAUAUAUAUAUAUAUAUAUAUAUAUAUAUAUAUAUAUAUAUUAGAAUUAGCAGAAGUAUCAUCUCAUCUGUUAUCUCAGAAGGCACACACACACAGGAAAGCACUAUAACCUCUUGCAAAUUUGAUUAUAGAUGGUUGGGGGGACUGAAUCUUUAGUCCUAAGUCCAUAUAACUUUUCAUCCUCAGUCACUAUGCAUUGCUUCCUGAGUGUGCAGAGUGAAGCAUGUCUCUGCUCCCUCUGUGCCGCCACUGACAACUCAAGCAGAGGUGUCAGCCAAGGGAUGGGGACAACUUCUGCAGGAAUCUUCAUAUGUAGAUAAAAUAAGACAAGUUUUUAGGAUAUUUUUUAGGAUUUUUUUCUUUUUGGGAUGUUUUCAAAUGACUCCUUGUUUAGGAAGGUCAUUUUUAUUAUUAGUGGUAUGCUAAGACUGCACACACAUAUGUAUUUAAAUUUUCUGUCUUAACAUAAAAUGAUCUUUUUAUCCAGUGGAGUUUUUGAAGGGAGUCAGUAAUCUUUUGUUUUGUAAAGACAAGACAAAAAAGCAACAUGUUGGUGCUAUGAGUGAUUCUUUUAGGUUGUGACACAAGGAUACGUUUCACUUUGUAGAAUGUAGUGGUUUUAGUGGUAGAUUUAUAUAUAUGCAUGUGGCUACCUUUGGUUAUGACAGGUGACCACGCCAAGACUUGCACGUGCUCUUCGCUGUGCACCGAUACAGUGUGUCAGGGAGUGCUUGUGAAAUUACAGCCUGUGUUCUUAAGCAUUUCAGCAUCUUACCUACUUACAACAGGCUUCAGUGUCACUUGUCAGGGUGUUUUUCACAAUUCCAAUGGUGGUUUAGCUGGAUUCUACAUUACUAGUAGGGAAAAACACCAUGAGAACCUGACUGAUCUCAGUGGCCUUUGAAAAUAGUCGUGGUGAGAGCCUGGAGUGGUUAGGAAUGCUGUUGUGUUACUCGUGCAAUGCAUCUAGACCUGCUGGGGUUUUCUCAUGAAAUGUGUGUGUGCAAUAUACUCUUAUUAAUUUGAGUGGUUGGCAGCUAUUUUUGUGCAGUGUUUCACUCAAAAGUUACUGCUGUUACUCUGGAAAAUAUUUGCAGACAGUUAGUCUGUUGAUUUUUAUGACUGGCAGCUAUUUCCAUGCAAUGUUACACUCCAAAAUUAGCAGAAAGUUAGUCUAUUAAUUUUGGUGAUGAACAGUUAUUUCCUUGCAAUGCUUCACUCACAAAAAAUAUAAGCAGAAAUCUUAACGCAACAAAUAUGCACGAAAGAAAGUCGGAAAACAAAAUAUUUAUAAGUACCAACUUGCCAUUUGUGACGCUAUUGUUUCCACUGUCUCGUCUGUUUACUGAUAAUGUCUAAGUUUUGUACAUGCGUGCCGAUAUUACAUGUGGCUAUUAUGCUUCUCAAAUUUCAUAACACUAUUCUUCAAGAUUUGUACAUGUGACUAGUUUAGCUCACAGGUGUGGGAGUGAGUGAGGAUGCAAUGGCGUUAGUAGUAGAAACAGGCCAGCUACCUUCUGUCUCACUAGUGGCACAGAGUAUACAAUAACACAGGUACACUGUAUUUAGCAUCAUCCACAGACACUACAGGAUUGAAUAGGAUAGAGGAAGAGGCUGGCUUUACUUGCCUCACUGAUGAAAUUAUUCAAAAUCUAGGAGCAGAAGUCAUGUAGUGCUCUUUUCUGCUCUUCAUUCACAAAAUUAACCAGUACUUACAGUCCCCAUGCCAUCAAUUAAAUAUUUAUUCCUCUUUAUUACUCCUCAUUCACAAAGUUACAAAUCCUUACAGUCCCUGAGUUCUGUCAUGCCCUUUUCUGUUCCUCAUUCACCAAAUCAGCAGCGGUUGCAUUCCCUGUGUCGCCAGUGUGAUGAGAGGUGGCGGUGUGUUUCUGAUCAGUAGUGUCCCUGACAUUGGUUCUUGGGGAAGGGCGCCACACUACCUCAAGGGAACCAGAGAGCAUGUACUGUGUGUCGUGUGGAAGCUGAGACCCUGUGCUCUGUUGUGAUGGAUGAAAGGUUAGUGAUAAGUCCUUUCUUACAAUUUUUGGUACUUUUGUGAAUCAUAGUAAAACAGAUGAAUUAUUCUAUAAGCUAAAUAGACGCUAAGCCAUGUUGCUUCAUUGUUAUUGUACUGUUUAUAUAAGUAUACUGUAGUGAAGAAAACCAUCCUGUAAUUCCCAUAUACAGUAGUGAGGGAGAGUGAGAGGGGCCGAGAACACCUGUAACGGUAGUAGGGUUCGGCGUUGAUGUUGUUAUUUACAGUAGAUGAUGUAAUGCAUGGUGGGUGUGUGAGUGUGUGGUGUAGUGUGGGGGACUAGCAUUCAUUGGUACGUGACUCAUCUGGGGACCUACUGAGAGGCACAUCACUGGAAGCUCAUAGGGUCACUUUCUUAAACAUUCCAGCAUCUCUUUGACUAUUUUCAAGAAUAGUGGAAGUUAAUUAGAACCUGACUAGUCAUCUCUGUGACUUUCAAAAAUAAUCGUUAUGAGAGAACAAUGUUUAAGAUCACUGGCCUUUAUCUUCCAUGUGUUGUGGGAAGCCCAGUAAUGAAGGCAUCUAUAGGUGUGUCAGAGAAGGAUUGCUAGUGUCCUGUCCACUUAUUCUAGGUAUUAAAAGGGUGACCUCAUGCUGUUAAAAGUCCCAAGUGGCAGAGAGAGGUGUGAUACAACCUGUUCACAAAGUUGUUAUAAAAGAUAUUACUACUUAAUACACUAGACAAUUCACCUUCCUUAGUCUGUUGUUGGUGCCGGCAAGGAAUCUAGUCACUCGUUGUUGAGAUUUCUGUCUCCAUUGUUGGAUCAAGUAGGUCGUAGAACAUUCAUAAAAAGUUGUAGUUUUGUAAUGGAGAAUUUCUUAGACUUAUUUCAUGAAAAUGCAAAAAAACAAACAUGAGGUGACUUUAGCUUUAAGUUUUGGCUGUUCUGAAAAUUUAAUGUGAUGGAAUAAUAGUAGAGAGAGAUGAGGAUAAAGAUGGAUAAAAAAAAGAGUUAUGAGGUCAUGAUGGCUACAGUAGUGACCUGUGGUGGAACAAUAGGAGAGAGAGAACUGUGAUUAUGAGGUUCACUGUCGUUUUAGAGAACAAAUCAUUUAUGAGAUCAUGGCAGCUACAGCAGUGACCAGUGACUGAACAGUAGGAGAGAGAGAGAGAUUGGGAUAAGGAUGGACUAAAACAUAGAAAACUGUGAUUUUAGGUAAUUGACUAGAGUUAUAAAGUCAUUGUAGCUACAGUAGUGAUCAGCGACCUUCAGUAAGUACUUUCCCGAGAGCAUGCCUGGUGUCUGUACAGUGAGAGGGAGAGGUGCAUGAGUCAGAACCAGAUGCAAGAACACUUAAGGAAUGUUACUACACAACCUCGCACCACCACACAGUUGGAGGGUUGGGAAGACCAGUGUAGUGCUAGGAAUUGAUGCACUAAAGUUUACCGUCAAGUGGUGGGGGAAGGAAGGAAGGAAGGAUAGAUGAGUGAGUUUGAUGUUGUUGUGCCAUAUCACUUAUUUAGUUUUGGAGAGGACGGGAGGGAUAGACAGAUGUCUGGUGUCGUAGAGAAAGGGUUUACCAUUCAUGUGUUUUGACGGAAAGUGUUUAUGAUUUUAGUUUUGUUAGAAUCUUGCAAUAUUGGAUCCGUUUGAAAGGCUGACGUGAAUUCACCGUAACUACUGUACAUCUGGGGGGAAUAAAGUGAGUGUUGACAUUUGGAGUUGUAUAGUGUUACUCACCUUCUCCUCAGGGACUGCUCUUGUAAAUUGUUAGUUAGUCUUGAGGGAUUAGAGGAGCCAGCGAGAGUAACCAAGUGAGGAGCCACAAGCAGAGCCACAUCAAGGCAUCCCUGUGUCUGUUAUGUUGAUUUUUCUGUCAGUCUUCUGCAGUGGUGUAUUUAUAAGGAGUAAGCCAAGCAUAUGUAUUUAACCUGUAUUAAACAAGACAGUGAUAGUAUCUGCCAUUUAUUAGACAAGACAUUGAUGUUAUGUACUUAUAUUACUCCCUUCUUGUGGGUUUCUAUUUACUUAACCCCAAAUGACUGUUUUUAACUUUUCUCUUGGGUCUUGUUUUCCACAUUUGGCAAGGAAUAUCUUGUGGAAGUGACACAUUGGCUUCCCAACCUUUACCUGACCAACCAUACAUGUUUAUAAGAGGAAGGCAUUUCUUGGUUGGUAGCUUUUAACUUUUGAUAAUGGAGAUGUAGCCUGUAACUAAAUAUCUCAACAUGAACUUACUAAUCCACUUCAGACUUAGUGUACAAUUUGAACUUCUUUAUAUUUCCUCUUGGUUCUUAUGUGGGUGUUGCUUGUGGCGUCUCUUGAGUGUGAGAUGGACACCACAGAUCAUUCCCAGGACACAGAGAAGCUUGGCCUGUCAUAAGUAUUACUGGGGAGCUAACCUGACCAAGCAGACAUUCCAUAUUACAUGUAGUCAUUCACUGUAGCUUUUACAAGAAUAUAAUUUUCCAGGAAGCUUAGGAAAUAUGUAGCAUAGUAUUUACAGUUACUAAUAAAGCUCUUUACUCCUC